AUACCGAAUGAUAAUAAAAACGCAGUAAUAAUAAUAAUAUAUAAUAACGCUUGACGUAUUGUCGCAAAAUUAUGUAAACAACGUCAACCUUAAGCGAUCGAAACGUGUUGGCUGUGCAGAAAAUGUAUUUAUAAUUAACAUUUGACAUUUGGCAUGCCUAUAAUUACUGUAUAAUCGUUGAAAAACUGUGAAUGACUUUCGAGGUCGCCAAGUUAUAUCAUAGCGGUACCAACGAAAAUUCACGUACAGGUUUACAGUCGAAAAGUUCAACGGAAUUUGAAAAACGUCAGUCAUGAGUCAAUGUUUUAUCUGACGUCGACCAGAUUCGUCGUAGUUUAAUGAGAUAAACGUGUGAGUAAUUGUGUGAAAGGAUUUUACCAAGCAAAAUGAACUGUACCGUAAAUAAUUCGCCUCCUGGCAAGUGUUGUGGCUGCUGCUGUUGUAAUCAUUUUUGGUAUUGCGUCUCAAAUAAAACUAAAAUAAACUACUGUGUUGAUAAUAACAUAUUUGACACAAAUGAUCACACUAAGUUGGUGCCUGAAUGUGGUGAAAAACACAAAAAUAACCACAAUCAUUCCAAAUUGAAGUCACGAGUUCCUAGUCACCAUUUGAUUGCUCUUAUUCAUAUAUUUUGCACUGCUGCUUUAGUUUUAUUAGCUAUUCUAUGGACGUCGAAUAUAUUUUCAUUUCGAAAAAAUACCAAUUCCAUUAAAAUGGCAGACGAGACAGUAUGGAGAUUAUUUACUACGUCUGGAGAAAAACAGCACGUCAACAACACUAACUAUUUGCCGGCAAUAAAUUUAACAACAUCGACUACCACACCAAGUCCAACUCCUACUCCUAGUCCUAAUCAAAACGAUAAAUGCGAACCUCUGUAUGCAUUAGUUUACGCCCACUGUUGCGUUUGGUUUUUAUUUUUGAUUCUAGAUCAUGUUGCUAGACACCUGCAUCACAAGACUUUAAGAUGUCGCGGGCAUUUGCGAGCUUAUGCACGACUUACUCGCCUUGCAGCCAUACCAUUCCAACUAGUGUCAUUAUGGACUGUGUUGCUGGCUAUAUUUAUAGCUAUUUACGCACAACAAGACAAAGCUGACAUGCAGCCGUACUGUGAUGCUAACAUGUUGAUGUCUCCUAAAAAUGGUGUAGCGGUUUUGUUAAUUAUCGAAUUUUUAUUCGUUUCAAUUUCUUCGUUGGUGUAUGCAAACUCUAUGCGCAAGUUCAACGUGGAAAAACCUCCACCAGACGUUUGCGGUUGGGAGGAAGAUGAUAAUAUCUAUGAUAGAUGGACACCAAGACCAUUGCGAAGCGAUUCAGUCGUAGAAACCCAGUCAAAUACUAGAAAUUAUCUACCUAGAAUUUCUAGCGAUCAAGACUUUAUGGAACAGCGAGACAGUCGAUGUAUAUUAGAUUUGCUGGAAUAUUAUGCUCAUGCAAACAGAGAAUUGGCUGCCAACUUGGGUAAAACAUCUCAUAAAUUGCGUCAACUAGAAUUGGAACUAAGAAGUCAAGUACCGCAACAAACCUCUAUGUCAGAAAUUGCAGAAGAUACGCCCUAAUCGAGAAUCAUUUGAUAUUAUAUAACAGGACUAGAAUGUUGUAAUAAAAAAAAAAAAACUAUAUCGUUUGAGAUUAUGUAUAUAUUUUUAUCUUAAAUUGAUCCAUGUUGAUUCUAGUUUUUAUUAAUUGUGUGAUUUUUUUUUGCUUUUAAAUCUAAAUGAAAACUCACUUACUUUGAUCUGGAAAGUUCUCUAAAUGUAUUUUUUAAAUUUAAAACAAAUAUUUUAUGUUUCUAUUUAGAACGUUUUUAUAAGAUCUGAACAUUUUAAAAGGUAAAUAAUUUUUUUUUUUUUUAGUUUAAAAUCUAUAUAAAAGAAGUUGAGAUGCUUAAAACAUAGUAAAAAUAAAAUAUCAGUUUGUAUGUAUACUAAUAAAUACCUUUUAUAAUCAAAUAACGAUUAUUAUUAAUAUAAGUACUUAGUCUUGAAUACGUUUUAGUCAGUAUAAUAUUAUAUGAUUAUUUAAAAAAAUAUUUCUACAAAUACCCUAUGUAAAUAUUCAACAACUAUUAAAUGAGAUUCACUGUUGAAAAUAAUAUGUUACUUGCUUUGUAUAAAAUCUAUACCAAAAUUAAAAUCUAUUUUAAAAUGUACUAUAAUAUAUUAUUUAUUUGUUAUAAGAAUAGUACUUAAGUUUAUAAUAAUUAGUUUUAAUUUAAACUGUUACUACUUUUUAUAAAACAAUUAAUGUUUUUUUUCUUACUUAAGGGAAUUGAAAGCGAUGGAUUUUUAGGAGUUUUAUUUAGGUAGUAUUUAAGAAAAAAGUGGCUUUAAAGCCACUCUUUUAGUGGCCAUUUUGUUGGUAAAAAGAUGCUUUUGCUGAGACAAAAUUGUGAGACUUUGACUGGUCCAAUUUCAAUUAUGUAAAAAGAUAAUUUGUUUGCUUUUUUACUAAGUUAUGAUAGAAACCGAUUUUCAUUAAAAAAAAAUCAGUUUUAUUGUAAUUAAUUCAAUUUAAUUACAAAGUUUUCAAUAUUAAAAAUGCAACUUUUUUACAAAAAAAAA